UCAAUGAUGAGAAUCGCCUGUUGGCUGCCUCUUGCAUGCCUCCUGCUGAGGAUCAGUUGUAACUCAGGCAGGUGCCCUGACUGGGAACCCAACCAUGACCUGGUUUAUGGGUUGAAGCUCAGGCACUGAGCUACCCCAGCCGGCAGCUUCAGUUUCUUGAUGGUUCUCUCUGCAACCCCAUGAAGCAGAGUUUGUAAAAUCACUUUGCAGAUAGGUGAAGACACUUGCUCAAGGUCACACAGGGUGGGAUCCAACACCUGUGAGCACUUUACCCAGGGUUUAAGUAUAAUUAAAGCAUUUGGCUUCGUAUGAAUACGUCUGGCAGCCUUGCAAGCUACACAGAACUAUUGGAAGCGGGUCCGUUCAGGGUCCGUGGCAGGACCUCCAAGCUACAAGGUUCUCUCUCCAUAAAAGGAACAAGGGGUUGGGUUAUCGAAUGAGAUAGUCCCUCUAAGUUCUAAUGCAGUUUCUCUCAACUGCACCAGUUUAAUUAUGUUAACCCUCACAGGUGGAUUUUUUCUUUGUUUUUUGAGAGUGGAAAGGAGGGAGGUGGGGCAGAAAGAGAGUGAGAAACGUAGAUGUGAGAGACACUUGAUUGGUUGCCUCCCCCAAGUGCCCCAACCAGGGCUGGAUGGAACCUGCAACACAGGUACAAGCCCUUGACUUGGAAUCAAACCUGGACCCUUUCAAGGGCUCAGGCUCUAACCAUUAAGCAGCCAGUCAGGACAACUCCCAUUAGUUUUGUUUUUGUUUUACCCUUUUAUUGACUCUGGAGAGAAGAGGGACAGGGAUAGUAGAAACGUGGAUCUGCUGCCUCCUGCACACACCUCCUGGGGUCACAUUGGAAACCCGGACAUGUCCCCUGAAUGGGUGACCUUUUGGGGUUCAGAGAUCCAUGCUCAAUCACCGGCCGCUGGGCACUCCCUUAGCUUUUAAAAUAUAGAUUCAGACCUGAAGUCAGAGGCGCUGUGGGUGGGAGCAGGUGUCUUCCUUUAUAUCCCUGCGCCCCAGGGCUUGGAUGCGCUGCAGACAGACAGACAGACAGACACACACACUAGGAAACUGCCUCCAAGAGAAAGGCGGUGGCCUCCAGACCGCACCCCAAAGACAGAAUCUUCCCAGUGCCGGCCCAGGUCGCCCCCACCCCACCUCCGUUGGUGGGAUGCCGGAGCGCGCGCCCCAGCGGACCCCAGCGGCGCGCCCUCCUACGUGUUGAAAUUCAAACGAGGUGAGCUCCGCGCGGUGCUCCGCCGCCCGCAGAGCGGUCGAGGCAGGAGUGGGGUGGCCGGUGCUGCGCUCUCAUCCAUCCGGGGCGAAUCAGAGGCUCCCAGGCGGGGUCGAACCCGUGGCCAACCGGGGCGCUGUAGACUUAAAGGUCCCAGAUCCCUUCCUCCGGCCCCACAAUGGCUACGGAGCAGUGGUUCGUGGGGCCGAUCCUCCCCGGCGGCGCUGGGGAAACGCUGCCACAGGAUGAUUUGGAAUCUGAGGCUCUACCCUGCGGAGGCCCCGCGUGGUCGGCGUCCUCUGGCCGGCCUGGGGACCCAGCCCAGGUGGAACCGGAGGAUGCCCAGGGGCAACUGCCCAAGGCCUCCCCUUCCACGCCUUCGCCGGAGCCUUUGGCCCCGGGACCGGGGCCCACACCUCCUCGCCUACCCCUGGACACCUUGUUUAGCCCCAUCACGGAACAACUCCGCUACCUGCUCAAGAAGGCGGAUGACUUCCAAAGCUACUUGCUCUACAGCAGGGACCGCGUUCAGAAGGAACAGCUGGCAAAGGCCAUGCCCACCUUCUUAAAGAUGUGUGAGCCCUACUUCCUGUACCUGGAGGCCGCUGCAAGGAGUGUGCCUCCCAUCUUCGGAGCCCUGCAGGAGCUGGUUCGAAAGGGGCUGUUGGAGAUCUCCCAACAGCUGACCCUGCGCCUGGAACAGCUGGUGCUCAUGUAUGCAUCCUUUGGGUUUGUGGAACUGGAAGAGACAGACCCCCUAAGCAUCUCCUGUUUCUUCUGUGGGAAGUUCUCCAUCAGCCCUUCCCACGAGGUGUCCAUCUUCAGAUACUGUGCCCCUGCGGCCUACACCACCAGCCGCUUCCCCCGCUACCUCUACAAGAAGAUGCGCUGGAACCUGGAAACUACCCAGGACCCCAGCAGCCGGGGGCGAGAUUCCCAUGUGGAUUACUACUUCCUGUGCUAUCGAGAUACCUGGGAAGACACAGGCAAGAGUCCGGCCAAUUCUUGUCCCCAGAUUCAGAAGCUGUGGUCCAUCGGCCGGUGGGUGCCCCUAGGACCAGCUGAGGAUGACCUUUAUUCCUGGAUUUUGUGCCCGCAGCCGUCCGGAGAUUACCAGCAGCUGCUGACCAUCGGCUUCGAGGAGCCAUCUCACAUGCUAGCCACCGACCUGCUGGUGCAAAUCCUCACCGGCCAGGCAGGCCCGGCCCGGCCCCCGAGCGCGGCCGGGCCCACAGCGUGGGACACACCGGGCUCCUGA